UUCAAAAUGAAAAGUGUUAAAAGAGAAAGAGGGCCAAACUGGGAUACACAGGAAAAAGAAAUAUUUUUCCACUGUGUAUCCAAAUUCAAACAUGUUAUAGAAGAUCCAAAAAAGGAUUUUAAUUCGAACCAAAAAAAACAUGAAGCGUGGGAAAAAGUGACAAAUGAUUUCAAUUCACAUGCUCAAGUCCAAAAGAGAGAGGUUAAGAAUUUAAAAAAACUGUGGGAAACAGAAAAAGCAAAGUCCAGGAAAACGUUCACUUCCGAAAGAUAUAGCCGUUUGAAAACUGGGGGAGGUUCAUAUGAAGCAACACCUGAUAGUGUUCAAAAUCCCGAGGUGGAGGAGCUCAUUGGAAAACCACAUAUUGUCGAGUGGACUAAUAAUUAUGAUAGUGAUGGUAUAAUAUUUUAG